GCAAGCCUCAUCUCUCUCCUCUCUCGUGAGCCUCUCUCCCCCGCGACUCCUCGCCGCCGCCGCCACUCACGCCGGCCGAUUCCGACGAUUCUCGACGACGGGUGGCAGACUGAUGGCCUCCUCUCGCUCUGAUCCUUCCUCUCAUCCCUCUAGAUCCGGCCUCUCGCGCUCGCUGCCGACCCUCAGCCAUGGCUAGGGUUUCGGGCGCGGCGUCCCCUUCGUCGCCGGCGAGGCUCUAGCGGCCUACGGUGGCUGGUCCCGCCCACGUGUGGCUCUGUCUCAUGGACGUUCCUUCCGCGCCCGACGGCCACGGGUGGUCAUGGUGACGGCCUCUUUAGCGGCGUCACCGGACUAGCUCCACGCACGGGGAAGGCAUCUCUGCCGGUUCCCCAAGGUGAGUGCGAGGCCGAAGAGAGACGACAUCGAGGACGACAUCCUAGGACAUCAUCACGCUCAACGGCUUCGCCCCCAUCAUCAUCGAGUUCUUCGGUUACGCGGCAAACAGGUGUGCGACCAACCGGCAACCAGCGGCGCCAUCUCUAUCCCCCGACACUGGAUAAUGGCAUGGCUAAUGGCCUACGCGCGGUGCGCCCGUCAGUGCCCGUGCUCCCAGGCCGGUGCGGCCGUCACAGCUGCUUGCUCAAGGCAGCGUGCUGACUGCCUGCUAUAGUUUGGCAAGAGCAGUUUGAUUAGCAGCCUAGAACCACUGAUCGCUCAUGGUGUGUGAGAUGAAUUGAAUUUGUUGCUUACUCUGGGAGGCUCACCGUGGUGUUCGGGCUGCUUGCCAUGCCAACCGGAGCGCCCAUACACGUGUUCAAGAACCUCCGGUGUGCGGCGACUGCCAUGCCGCAAUCAAGAUGGUCGCCAAGGCGUACAACAGAGAGAUGACACGGCCAUGCCAUGAAGGUUGCAGAGCAUAAUUGAUGCACUUGUUGCCGGAGUUGGCGUCCUUAUUUUCUCAAGCAAGCGUAGGUCCAGUGGCAUGGGAGCAACAUUGUUGAAGGGCCAAGGCUUCAUAGUUUGUACGCACAUAAAAGAGAAACUUGGAAUGUUUUUGUGCUCGGAUCUCGUUCGGAAGUACUACAUCAUGCAAUUCCCAAUGGCGUCACCCGACGAGCUCCACGCGCAGAGGAGGCGUCUCCACAGGUUCCCCGAGGAACAACAAGAUACAUUUGAAUUCGUUGCCGAUGAGUUAUCAAUUCUUCGAAAGAGACUACGAUCCAUGGUGGUUGUUGAGAAUAAUCGCAAAAGAUUGUGGCAUAAUUUUGGUGCAAACAAGUACCUUGAUCAACUUGGAAUGGCAUCGAAGUACAACACAAAAGUGUUCUGCAUGCAGACUCUCAUCGGAGGCAACUACGGUUUGCUUGACACGAAGACAUUCUUACCAAUCCUGAUUACUCAGUGCUCUGCUAUGGCAUCGGCUUAUGGGAAAUGGAGUUCUCUCAGUUGAUAUAAAUGCGCCGCGUAAGCUGUGUGCUUAUGCUCACUUCAGCAAGCGACACAAAGGUGUCAUGCUCCUCCUGUUCAACCUAAGCGACAGCACUGGGUACAACGUGACCCUCUAGAAUGACCUCAAGUCCUCAACCUGAACUUCAAAAAAAGAAGCGGCCACUAGAGGCGCAGCGGCGGCCUCAGAAGAGCGGUGUCAUGGCUGGGAAGCAAGCCGUCGAGCGAGAGCACGAAGAGGAAUGAGUACCAUCUAAACACCAAGGGCGGCGACCACCAGAGUAGGACGAUGCUGCUGAACGGUGUGCAGUUGGAGCUGGCAGGCGAUGGCUGCAUCCCGAUCCUGAACCUCGUGUCGUCCGCCGUGGAUUCGAUCGUGCACCUGGCCCCGACGUCAAUUGUGUUUGUGGUCCUACCGAUGUUCGAGGCCAAGGCCUGUUCUUGAGGGAAGAAGGUUGUUUUGUUCGUUUUGUGGUGUAGAGAUAGAAUCAUAUACAUGAGGAAAAUAGGCAGAAGGACAUCACAAGGGCAUUUUUACU